GGAGAGCACCGACGCUCCUACGAGACCGUUCUUCCACUCGCCACAGACCUCGGCCUAACUGUCGACACCUCCUGCAAGCGGAAUAAAGUCCACUGCGUCGCAAAAGCAGUCAAUGACUAUGACGGACCCGGCAAUAUCCUGAUCUCCUGGCGGCAUAGAAAGAUGAGAGAGUUGGUUCAGGCGUUGGGGUAUGAUGAUGCGCCUGAGUAUCCGGAUGAUCGGUUUGAUCUGAUCUGGACCAUUCCGUUCCCGUAUGACAAUAUCACGGACAUCCGCAGUGAGGACUGUCCUGUGUUAGAUAUUCCUGAGGAAUUGACGGUUGAGCUUUGA